AUGUUUAGACUUGUCCAACAACAGACCCUAAAGAGUAGGGUCCCAAAUCAGUUCGUUUCUGCGUCCAGAAAUUCUUUAAAUUCCCAGUUCCGUUUCAACAGCGCUGUCGCACUAGAGCGUAAUCCUCAACAGGAUCCAACAACUGCAGCACCAGCCAAGUCGUCUUCGGAUAAGAGAAACUCUAAGAAGAAGUAUGAAAAUAAUGAAAUCAUUGAACGUAACGUUAAAAAGGUCCGCAACCUAAGAAGAAACAUAAAAUUCGAUAAUUUCAAAAACUCUCCUAAUUCUCCAGCUUUCUCUAAACUUAAUGCCUUGGAUGACUGUUUGGCCAGAGGUUUGGAAGCAUCUUCCUCUCGUGCCCCCGAUGGUAAAUUCCUAGAUCAAUCUUCAUUGUUUUGGGAUUCGGUCAGUAGUAGUAUGAAUAUCUACAGGGAGUUAGUCAUCACCGGAGACUUAAACAACCAUCGUGCAAGUAGGGUUAUUCAACUCAUGCAUGUUGCUUUGAAGGUCAAUAGAACCCAGUUGACUAGCAUGAACAAGAAGCCAGAUUAUGAUUCGCAAUCUUUCCACAAGGAAAUGACCAAUUAUUUGUGUGAAUCGCUUAGGGAAAUCUCUGGUGAUAUUUUAGCUAACCGUGUCUCAGUCAGUGAACACGGUGCCGCUCAUUUGUUAUCCUCUUUCAAAGAAUUACUGCUUUACGAAGAAACUUUGAACAUCUGGAAAGCAGCUGUGAAUUCUGAGAACAAGGAUAUUGUCAAAUCUUUCAUGUUUCCAAACGUCGUCGGUGUCGUUUUACCAUUACUAUAUGAAAACGGUACCACUUUCGAAGAAAUUAAGAAAUUGUAUGAAAAGUCCGCUAGUAAUACAACUAGAUCUCAUGGAAGCCCUAGUUUAGUUUUGGGUAUGAUUAAGACCUCGCUUGCUGCCAACGAAAACGAGCAUGCUUUGUCCCUUUUCCAAGAGAUGUGUACAUCGGAAGGAUUUGGUGUUUCACCAUAUGCGGUUUUGACGGGAACUCAUUUGGCCUUCAUUGGUGAAUGUAAGGAUUUGUAUGUGGCUAAGAGUUUCUUCGAAAGGGCUUUGAGUAAAGACAUGCCCUACAAGAUCAACUUGCAGGUUUCUUCAGUGAAACAGUUAAUCCAAAAUAUUUGGGAUCAAACCCAUGAUUUCAACGAAGUCGUUGAUGUUUGGACCAAGGCUACCAAAUAUUAUGGUAAAGAUGUUUCCCAUGGUAUCUCAUCAUCAUUGAACUCUAAGUUCAUUUCAAUUUUCUUCGAAAACUAUGUUACCGACAAAGCAGCUGGUUUACAGCACCUUCAAGAGUUGGUAACAGCGUAUGACGAAAUGAAAGCUAUCGAUGAACCCUUCUUGAACAUCAUUUUAACUAAAUGUACCGUUUGGCAAGAUAGAAAUAUUAUCGAAUCUAUCGAAAAGUCAUACGAGCUAUACCACAUUCCAAAGACCAUCGUCACCUACCGUAUUAUCUUGAAGGCUAUGGGAAGUAUCAGUGUUCCAAAUGAUGUCAUCCGUGAGAAAUGGGUUCAAUUAAUCCAAAAAGCUGAUCAAAUUGGCCAGACGUAUAUCGCCAAUGCUGAUUGGGCAGCUCUAAGAGAUGCUACUGUAACGUACACCCAAGAACAGUUUAAAAACGGCGGCAGCUAUGAAAUGACUACAUCUGAUUCUUAUAAUCCAGCUUUGGAAGCCGCUAAUGCCAGUGGGGCAUUUGAUGAUUUCAAUGAACCUACCUCCGGUACAAAACAUGCUGAUCACUUGAAUACUCAAACCAAUAAAGAAGAUAAUGACAGAAUUCUACUUUACUACCAAUUGGUAAAACGUUACGGUGUCUAUUGUAGAGAUCCUAAGCAAUAUGCUCGUAUUACCAGUGGUAUUGCAUUGAAUUUCGAAGUCGCACAGCCAUAUCUUGGUUUGGUUAAUACAAUGGAUGUCUCAUCGAUAUACGUUCCGCCAUUGAGGAAUUUCCACUUGAAUCACUGA